UUUUGAUGCUAUGCUACAACAGAUUUAAAUUGUUUUUGUUUUAAUUCAAAUGAUAAACUUUUAGCUUUUUUCGGUUGGAAUAUCAAAUUGUUUGCAGGACUGUUAAUAUCAGAGAUGUCAGCGAUGAUCACGGCACACUCAUCAUCACGUAUUGCCUAUGAUUACGGUAUCAACGAAUUGAGGGAUGGCCUUCGAGAUAUGGACUUGAGUGACCAUCAGAUGAACAAAAUGUGGGACUACGUUCGCGAAUUAUGGAACAGACAGCAAGGACGACAGAUGCCUAAUUUAAUCUACACAUUGCCGUUUCGACUACGCUGUCAAGUAAUGCAAGCGGUAUAUGGCUCGCAUAUCAGAGAGUCAAUUAUAUUCAGCAAAGCCGAUGACGACUUUAAGAGAAUGCUAGCGAUGUGGAUGAAGCACUGCGUGUUUUUCCCCGGAAAUUAUAUUGUACAAUGUGGAGAUUCUGAUCAAUGUAUUUACUUUAUACAUAGAGGAGAGGUGGAAGUAUUAACCGUCCAUGCAAACUUAACAGAAUCUAUUUAUGACAUAUUGGGUCCUGAAGACAGUUUCGGAGUAGCCCAGGUAAAGGUUUUACAUAAGUGCAAACGGUUACACUGACGUAUAAAUUUGAUCAAACCUUUUUUCUUGUUCAAUUAAGUACUCAAUCACUCAUAUGAAGUAUAAACUAAAUUGACACACAAAAAAGAUAUUUUAGCCUAACAGGAAAUUCCAAGAAGUCGCUGGUAUCUGUAUAUUUAGCUAUAAAAGUAACGAUUUCAAUAUAGUCAAGCCAAAAAAAGCAAACUAAAUCGAACCCCGGACGAGCGAUAAUAGCCUAAACACG